AAUUCUUGAAUUGCCGAACUCGGCUAUAACGUUUUAAUGACAAUUAACAUUUGACAUUUACACAGAGACAAGUGACAUUGACAUUUCACUUGCCAUUUACGGAGGAGUGUAAUUUGUCUUAGGUCGAUUUAUAUAAUUUUACAAUUUUUACUAAUUUAUAAGAAACUACCCUCAAAUGGCAACCCAAAAACUUUCUAUGGCUGUUCGCAGCUUCAGUUCAAGCAGCACCGCUGCUCAAUUAGUAAAAGCCCCCAUUCAGAUCUUCGGCAUCGAAGGUCGAUACGCCACGGCCCUUUAUUCGGCCGCCUCGAAACAGAAGUCCCUCGAAGGCGUAGAGAAAGAUUUGAUUAAACUCCAAGGGGAAUUAAAAUCCGACCCAAAAUUCCGCGAAUUCGUAAUAAAUCCGACGAUUAAGAGGAGUCUUAAGGCUCAGGCGUUCAAAGCGAUCUCUCAAAAGAUUUCUUUGAAACCUGAAACUACCAAUCUUCUGGCGUUAUUGGCUGAUAAUGGUAGAUUGAAGAAACUUGAUACUGUGAUCAAUGCUUUUAAGCAGAUCAUGUCUGCUCACAGAGGAGAGGUACCAUGUGAAGUAACAACCGCUAGGGAAUUAGAUGCUGAACAAAAACAAAAAUUAAUGGGAGUGUUGAAAUCCUUCGUAAAAUCCAAUCAAUCUAUUCAGUUAUCCACCAAAGUCGACCCAAGCAUCAUUGGAGGUAUGGUAGUCAGCAUCGCUGAUAAAUAUGUAGAUAUGUCAGUGGCUAGCAAAAUCAAGAAAUACACCGAGGUUAUUAGCGCUACUGUCUAAUUGUAUUUAAAGUUUAUUAUAUAAAAUAUAGUUAUUGAAAUAGUCUGAAUGAAGU